AAAACUAAUAAUUUGUUGAGAAACUAGCAUCCCAUUGUGUGAUUACAAGGAUUGACUUAUAGGGAAUUAUUGGAAUCAAUGACAUUUAUAAGUAAUCAACUCAUAAUGAAAUAUAGUACCUUUUACUGAAAAUGGAGUGACACAUUGACAUGAUAGUUUCUACCCCUCAUACACAAAAUCAUUUUUUAAUUUUCACAUUAGCAAUUGUCUUAAUUAACUAUAGUGAAAUUAGUAACUUAAUUAAUCCCAAUUUGCUUCCUAUAUUCAUUAUCAAACUCCCUCAUAAGUUUUCGUACGACCUCCACAUACAAACUUUGUUUGAUCCUUUCCCAACCGACCAAAGUUUAUGGACUAUAGUGUGUUAGAGCUAAUUACUACUAUAUACUACUCAUAUAUUUUCAUUAUUACUUGUAUUUUCUCUCACUUUCCCUCUCUACCCUUUCUCCCAAUAUCCAUUUUUUCUCUCUAAAAACUUCUCCUUUUUUUUCUCUCUUUCUCUAAGAUUGAAGCAAAAAAAUUGAAGAAUCAUAUAAUUAAUAUUUUGCUGUCAAUUAUUAUAUUUUUCCUGAAAACUACUGAAAGUUUCAGACAUAUCAUAGUAUCAAUGGACUUCAGUACUUCAGAGCGCGUCUGCUAUGUUCACUGCACCUUCUGCAACACCAUUUUAGCGGUUAGUGUACCUUGCUGCAGUACGUAUAACUUGGUAACAGUUAGAUGUGGCCAUUGUGCCAAUCUUCUCUCUGUUAAUAUAGGACUUUCACCUCCAUCUGUCCCACAUCAAGAUAAUUUUCAGCACUAUAAUCAUCAAGAUGAGAGCAAGGAUAGUAGUAAUAUAACAGCAGGCUCAUCAUCAUCAACUAUUACUACCGUAGGAUCUGAUCAACAUGAUGAUCAUCAACAGCUUCGGCCACCGCCCAUCCGACCCCCAGAAAAGAGACAGCGUGUUCCCUCAGCUUAUAAUAAAUUUAUAAAGGAGGAAAUCCAAAGGAUAAAAGCUAGCAAUCCUGAAAUCAGCCAUAGAGAGGCUUUCAGUGCAGCAGCUAAGAAUUGGGCACAUUUUCCUCAUAUUCACUUUGGAUUAAAUCUGGAUGGGCAAAGGCAAGCAAGGUUGGAUCAAGCAGUUGCUGGAGAAGGGGCCAACAAAUCUCAUGGAUUCUACUGAAUGACUUUUUGUGUACUUUUUGUCAGUGCACAAAACCAAAUUAAUUAGCUAAGCCAAUCAUAAGCUAUGCUAAUUUAGUUCAUUAAUUAUGUCUUUACAUUAUAUAUAUAUGUACACAGUAAUUGAAUUAGACUAUAUAUAUAGUACUUAUGACUAAUUAAUAUGUAUUGUGACCCAUGACAUUGGAGAAUGUGAGAUAAUAUAAUCUAUAUAUAUAUAUAUGAGUUUCAAAUCUUUUAUCUAA